AUGGCGUGCCGAUCGUGCGUGAUAAUAUUAUGCUUGUUAAAUGUGAUUCUAGAAGUGGCUGAUGUGUUUACUCAGUCGGCGCCAGUGCCCCGUGCGUGUAUCAUUGGUGCGGGCUACUCCGGUUUGGGAACUGCUCGUUACAUGAAAGAAUAUGGCCUCAACUUCACAGUCUUCGAAGCUUCGAGACAUAUAGGAGGUACAUGGAGAUUCGAUCCUCAUGUUGGUGUUGACGAAGAUGGAUUGCCUCUCUUUACCAGCAUGUACAAAAACUUGAGAACAAAUACUCCGCGCCAGACGAUGGAGUACUCCGGGUUCCCGUUCCCUGAGGAGACGCCCUCGUAUCCAACGGGACCCUGCUUCUACAAGUACCUGCAGCACUUCGCUAAACAUUUCGGAUUACUGGAUAAUAUACAAUUGCAGAGUCUGGUGACACUAGUAAGAUGGGCGAAUGACCAUUGGGAGGUGACGUACACAAAGAUAGACACGAAGGAGAAAGUGACUGAGGUAUGCAACUUCGUGGUGGUCGCCAGCGGAGAGUUCAGCAGCCCCGUCAUACCAGACAUCGAAAGGAUGAACAUGUACAAAGGAAAAAUAAUGCACAGCCAUGAUUACAAAGACUCCGAAGACUUAAGGGGUCGCAGAGUGCUCCUCGUCGGCGCUGGUGCUUCGGGGCUGGACCUUGCGAUACAACUGUCAAAUGUGACUGAGAAGUUGUUCCACAGUCACCAUCUCAAUUACAACCAGCCAGAUUUCUCUCCAACCUACGUGAAGAAACCAGACAUCGAUUCUUUUACUCCUACUGGCGCUGUCUUCGUUGACGGUUCCACUGAAGACUUUGAUCAAGUCAUAUUCUGCACAGGUUACAAUUACGCCCAUCCAUUCCUCGACCAGAGUUCAGGAGUGACAGCAUCGCAGAAGUUCGUGCUACCUCUGUACAGGCAUACUGUGAACAUCAAACGCCCCAGCAUGGCCUUCGUCGGAGUCUCGAAGAAAGUCAUCAAUAGAGUUAUGGAUGCUCAGGGCCAGUAUGUGGCAGCUCUAGCAGCUGGUAAGUUUGAGCUGCCCCCUCAGGAAGCCAUGCUGAAGAGCUGGCUGAACCACGUGUAUGAGCAGCAGAACAUGGGCAAGCGGAUCGUGGACGUCAAUGUGGUCAGCAAUAUGGAUGAAUAUUUUGGAAACCUGACCGCUGAAGCAGACGUGAUACCCGCACCGACUGUGUUGACAAAAAUCGCUAAAUUCAAUGGAAAGAACCGUUUAGAUGACUUACUGAACUACCGAGAUUAUGACUACAAGCUGGUUGACUCACAGAACUACGAAAGGACGUACAUGCCCAGGAAGGAACUCCCUUGUCCCAUCGAAGUAUAA